AUGCCUCAAACUCCCUCUCUUUUUUCUCUCUCUGCUUCUGAAGCAAUUUUUAGAAGUGUUGAGUGGGAUAAAUACAAGGAGAUCGUUGAGAUUGGCUCAGGUGCAUACGGGCGAGUUUUCUCUGCUGUAAACCGUCAAACAAAUGAAUUGGUAGCUAUUAAAACCAUCAAACUUGCCAAUGACGAAGAAGGUAUUCCAAUCUCUGUCAUCAGAGAAAUUACUCACCUUCGUUCUUUGAAACAUGAUAACAUUGUUGGUCUUAGAGAGGUCUUUAUCAAUGAUGAUGGUUGUACCCUUUGUAUGGUGAUGGAAUAUGUACCACAUGAUCUUUCUGGCAUUGUUAACGGUUUGAAUAACGUAUUAGAUGAGGCUUUCGUUAAGUCUGUUAUGCAACAAUUGCUUUCAGCUCUUGCUUGUAUUCAUGACAGUGGAUCACUCCACUGCGAUUUAAAAACAUCUAACGUUUUCAUACACGCCAAUGGACAAGUAAAGCUUGGAGAUUUUAAUCUGAGCAGAAAAGUACAUCCUGAAGAAUUUGGAGUUGUCCAACACUUUUCCAGAAACAUCAUUACUUUAUGGUACAGACCACCAGAACUCUUGGUCGAUCAAUUUGGAUCAAGUCGAUAUGGUCCAGAAGUUGACAUGUGGAGCAUGGGAUGUAUCUUUGCAGAAUUGCUUUUAAGAUCACCAUUGUUCCCAGGCAACACUGAAGUCGAACAAUUGUUCAAAAUCAUACAAUUAUUGGGUACAGCCAAUCAACGUAAUUGGCCUGAUGCUUCUAAACAUCAAACAUAUAGAGAUCACUUCUCCAACAAGGUAAUCCCAAACACCUUGCGCUUAAAGUUUAAGGAUUUUGCUGACUACAGUCCACAAAUUGUAGACCUCCUCGAAAAACUUUUGAAAUUGGACCCAAGAGAACGUAUCUCUGCUAGAGAAGCACUUAAACAUCCAUGGUUUAAUCAAGCACCAUUACCAAAAGACACUAGUGUUAUCCUUCCAUCUUAUUUAACUCCUUUCAAUGAAAAUUGGGUAAAACAACAAAUCAAAUUAAGACAAGAAGAAGCCGAAAAACAAAAUCCAAAAAAAAGAAAAGAAUACCCAAAGGCUUCUACAUCCAGUUCAUGUUAUAAUCAUCACGAACUUGAAAACUCUUACUCUUCAUGCAAGAAGAAAAUUAAACAAUACUAAGAAUAUGCUAUGGUUUUUUUUGUAUU